UUUACAAAUGUUUUAUGUACUUCGACAAGAAAAUAUUAGUCAGUGCUGGUCAGUCACCAUGGCUAAAUCGAGUGAUUCAAAUACAUUUAAAAUUCUAGAUGAAGUGUAUCAAAUAUUAAAGGAAGAACAUGUUUUUGAUACGUCUGGAAAAAAUCAAGUUAUUGAGUUCAUUCAUCCCAAGCAACUACAGGAAAAAAUAGAUAUUACAAUCACAGAAGAUGGAGCAACACCAGAAGAAAUAAAAAAAAUGAUUCGUCAAAUAGCACGUUAUUCAGUUAAAACUUCAAAUCCACAUUUUCAUAAUCAACUUUAUGGUGGUGUUGAUAAUUAUGGCUUGGCUGGAGCAUGGAUGACAGAGAGUUUAAAUACAAGCCAGUAUACUUAUGAAGUUGCUCCAGUUUUUAUGCUGAUUGAAAGAGAGGUCUUAAAUAAAGCUCUCUCAUUGGCAAACUAUCCAUUAUUUCCUGAUGGUGAUGGAGUACUUUGUCCAGGUGGCAGUAUUGCAAAUAUGUAUGGCAUGAUUUUAGGUAGAUAUAAAAAAUUUCCAGAUGUUAAAACCAAGGGUCUCAGUAGUUUACCACCACUUGCUGUAUUUACAAGUGAUUGCAGUCAUUAUUCAAUGUUGAAAGGUGCACACUGGCUUGGUCUAGGAACUGAAAGUGUUUUUAGUGUUAAAACAGAUUCAUUUGGAAGAAUGAAUCCUCAAGAUUUAAUACGUGCAAUUGAUGAAUCAAAAACUAAAGGAUACGUACCAUAUUUUGUUAAUGCAACAGCAGGAACAACAAUACUUGCUUCAAUUGAUCCACUUGAUGAUAUUGCAACCAUUUGUAAAAAUAAUAAUCUAUGGUUUCACGUUGAUGCUUGUUUGGGAGGAACUUUAUUAUUGUCAGAAAAAUAUCGUAAAAGACUGAAAGGAAUUGAAAAAUCAAAUUCAAUUGCUUGGAAUCCACACAAAAUGCUUGGUGCACCAUUUCAAUGUUCUCUAUUUUUAGUUAGAGGUAAAAAUUUACUUCAUGAAGCUAAUUGUGCUGGUGCAACAUAUUUAUUUCAACAAGAUAAAUUUUAUGAUGUAUCUUGGGACACUGGUGAUAAAAGUGUACAAUGUGGUAGAAAGGUUGAUGCAGUUAAAUUAUGGCUUAUGUGGAGAGCACGUGGUACAAAAGAACUUGGUAAUCUAGUUGACACUGCAAUGGAAUCAGCUGAGUAUUUUUUUGAAAAAAUUAAAUCACGUGAAGGAUUUAGACUUGUAUUUUCUGAAUUUGAUGGAAAUACAAUAUGUUUUUGGUAUGUACCACCUAGCAUGAGAGGCCAAGAUGAAAAUGAUGAUUGGUGGAAGAAAUUGUAUGACAGUACAUCAAAAAUAAAAGAAUUAUUAGUACUUGAUGGACGACUGAUGAUUGGUUACACUCCAAUGAAACACAAAGGUUUUGGUAAUUUUUUCCGUAUGGUUGUUUGUUGUCAACCACCUCCAAGUCAUUCAACAAUGGACUUUGCUAUUGAACAGAUUGAAAAAAUUGGUGGUAAACUCUGAAUAUAUAUUUUCAUUAUCUUCAUUUUCUUCCGUCCAAUGAAAACAUAAUUUCUACAUAGUAAACAAGAUUAUCAAAAUUAAACAAUCAUAAAAUUAUUUCAUUUUUAUUUGUAUAUCAGUUUUUUUUUUUUUUUAUAAAAAUGCAUUUUUCUAAGAGGUCAGUUUAUAAAUACAAUGUAAAAAUCCUACUGAUAGCAUAAAAAAUAAACAUUAAUUUAUAAAGCUUA